AUGCGGUCUCUCCACCCAGUCUUGCUGGGUGCCUUUGUGGGCGUAGCAUUCGCUUUUCCGGGUCGUCACUACUACCCGAGCUCCCCGUUUCCCACGGGCGGAAUCACGCAUCAGCCUCCGUUAUCAACAGGUGAUGGUGUUGGACCCGGUCCGGGCCCUCAACCGACGCCCUCGGAGAAUAAUCCACCUCCUGAAGUUACUACAGCGACUGAUACCAUCACAAAAACAACUUUCAUCCCUUGCUCAACGCCCGUUGCCUCAGGGAGAGGCACCACCUGGUACAGCACAUGGCUUACAAUGUCAAUCUAUACGACAACCACGUGCUAUCCAGUCACUCAAACCCACACGCCGCCUCCGCCAUCAACUACGCCUCCUUGUGAGGGAGAAAACUGCCACGUCCCGCCUCCGUCUCUAUCUCUACCUCCUCAAUGUCCGACCCAAGCCACUGUUACUGUGACAGUAACCAAGACGGAAUGUGGAGCCGGAUGCAUUCCUCCCACGUCUACUCCAGAGAUGCCAUCGCCGUCUGGGGAACCGGGGCAUCCUUCACCACCUCCCUGCCAACAGUGCUCGACCUUCACGAUCACUGAUAUUCAUAGUUCAACAAUGACCAUCGUGGUUCCGCCUCAGACACCUUCCGUCCAUCCCACUCCAUCGAAAUCACCCCCACCAUUCUCUCCUCCCCCUGGAACAGGAAUUCCUCCACCGUCUACAACAAAAUCUCAGCCGCCAACCACCGGGACAAACGUCCCUUAUAAGAGAUACGGCCAGCAUCCAAGAUACUUUUAA